AUGGCUGCCUCUACCGUUGGCGAAGCAGUCAUGAUCGCUGUGGCUAUGGCGGCUACGCAGUACCUCCCUUCGACAUCUCGAACACCUCCUACAGCAACAAGAAAUACCAACCAGCCGUCUGGUGACAUUUCUGAGGGACGAGACACCUCAGUGCCUCCCAUUGCCACUCACGCCACCGACUUAUCCUCGCAUUUCGAGGUCUCCGAGACAGAGUUAUCAACUGGAUGCCCAACCAACCAGCCGUCUGGUGACAUUUCUGAGGGGCGAGACGCCUCAGUGCCUCCCAUUGCCACUCACGCCACCGACUUAUCUUCGCAUUUUGAGGUCUUUGAGGCGGAAUUAUCAACCGACUGCCAGACCAACCUGCCGUCUGGUGACGUUUCUGGGGGACGAGACGCCUCAGUGCCUCCCAUUGCCACUCACGCCACCGACUUAUCCUCGCAUUUCGAGGGCUCCGAUCCUUCUGUUCCCACUUCGCCAUGGACUAGUCCUAUAUAUGAAAAAUCCUGCCUCACCUCGAAUUCCGAAAUAGUCGUUACAAACUGCCCACCACCACUCGCUCAAUCGAGUUAUCACUUAGAUCCUGCAUCGUCUUCGCCACAGACCGAUCUUGCAUUGGAUUAUGGGGCCGUUGGAAGUUGCCCAGAGCUUCACGGGACCCCGACAGAAUCUACCAUAGAUCCCGAACGCGACAUUCUUGUAUCAGCUUUAUCGCAGCUUUCCCUUCACCCUACCUUCCAGCCGCGGCCGCGGGCAUCGUGUAUAGAUCACGCAGACCCGUAUUGUGCUACCGGUUCGAGCGUUGGAGUCGCGCCCCAAUGUCGGUUGGCUGCUCAGGCUAUUGGGAUCGAACUAGAGAGUCUGAGUAAAAAGGUCCGGGUGGGGAAAACCCUCCUCGCAAACGUAAAGUCCACAUUCCACACUUAUCGGAAAAAAGUCCAACGGCAGAAACGGGCUAUGAGGCACGCUAAUCAAUGUAGACAUAACUUGGAAUCGAUGAAUCGCGAACUCAAGAGAGGACUAGAAGACACUCAGCAACAGCUCGGGAAUAUGAUCAAAUCACAAAAGGCUGUAAUCGAGGCCCAUCUCAGUACCCUCAAGUCCUCGCACAACGAGGAGCUCGCAAGAGCGAAAGAUGACGCCGAGAAAAAGGUUUGUCAAUGCCUCACAGUGGACAUUCUGCCUGACCUUUUUAUGCUCAAGCUCGUCAGCCUGCGAUGCCAGAUAGAAACAUUGAAGCAUGCGGCAUUGGACCAGUCCAUAGCUUUAGAGACGUGCAACCAGGAGCUUGUCCGGACCAAGGAUGACGCCAAGCAAGAGCCUGUGGUGCCAGAUAGAGACACUGAAACAUGGGGCAUUGGACAAGUCUGCAGCUUUAGAGAUAUGCAAUCGGGAGCUCAUCCGGACCAAGGAUGA